AUGGCAGACACCCUAUUUCUUGUUCUCAGAAAAAUUGCUCUCUCCCUCGGAGGAGCGGCGUCAGAGAAGCUGAGCACAGAGGUAGUGGAGGCAGCAUCGGUUCUGACGGAUUUCGAGCAUGGCAUGAAACAGAUCGAGGGCGAGUUCAUGAUUCUAAAGGCAUUUAUUGGCCAGGUUAGCGCACAGAAUGUUGGUGACAAGACAUUUGAUGCCUGGCUGGACCAAGUUAGAGAUGUUGCCCAUCAGGUAGAAGAUAUCAUUGACGAGUAUACUUUCCUCACUUCGCAAGCUGCGGGCAUAGACAGAUUCUUCAAGAGGAAAUUCCAUCAGGCUAAGAGCUUUGCAGCAUGGCGGAACCUGUCAAGCCAGAUUGAUCAAGUAGAAGCUCGAAUUCAGCGGCUCACUACAAUGAAAGAUCGUUAUGGAAUUUCUGUACGAGAACCGGGCAGGAGUAGCACACUACAAUAUGCCAGGCAGCUCUCUCUAUCAGAUUCUUCUUAUCUAUCUGAUGAUACUGAGUUAGUGGGCAAUGCCAGUGAAAUAAGUAUGUUGACACAAUGGCUACUCACAGAGCGACAAGACCGAUUGAUCAUGUCCAUCCUUGGCAUGGGAGGUCUAGGAAAAACAACCAUAGCAAGCAGUAUCUACAAAAAUCAACAGAUUAUCAGAAUGUUUGACUGUCAUGUGUGGGUGACUUUAUCUCAGAAUUAUCUAGUUGAAGACCUACUGAGGCAAAUCAUGAAGCAACUGAUGGACCAAAGAGCCUACAUGGCCAGUGGUAUCGAGACUAUGAGUCGUGUAAGACUAAUCGAGGAACUUCAGAGCUACCUACAGGACAAGAAAUAUCUGGUUGUCUUGGAUGAUGUAUGGGAUAGAGAUGACUGGUUAUUUUUGAAGCGUGCACUUGUAAUAAAUAAUCAUGGAAGUAGAGUGCUAGUGACAACUCGCAAAAAGGAUGUUGCUUCCUUAGCAAACGACGGAUUUGUUGUGGAGCUUAAAGUUCUUCCUUAUGCUGAAGCAUGGCACCUAUUCUGUCAAAAGGCAUUCCGUAGAUUAGAAGACAAAAUAUGUCCACUAAAUCUGAGGCUUUGGGCAGAGAAAAUUGUGAAAAAGUGCCAAGGACUUCCACUGGCUAUUGUCGCAGUUGGGAGCCUUUUGUCGUACCGAGAACUAGAGGAGCAAGAGUGGAGUUCUCUCCACAACCAACUUAGCUGGCAACUAGCUAACAAUCCAGAGCUCAGUUGGAUUGUGAGUGUUCUGAAUCUCAGCUUGAAUGAUCUCCCAAGUCAUUUAAAGAAUUGCUUCCUAUACUGCAGCCCUUUCCCUGAAGACUACAAGGUUAAAAGAAGAUGGAUCUGCAGGCUUUGGGUCGCAGAAGGUCUUGUUGAGGAAAGAGGUGCCGGGACAACAAUGGAGGAAGUUGCUGAGUGUUACCUAAAGGAGCUCACUCGUCGUUCUCUUCUUGAAGUUGCAGAAAGGAAUGUUCAUGGAAGAGCUAGCUCAUUUCAAAUGCAUGACCUUGUGCGCGAUGCAUGUCUGAUUGUUGCAAACAGAGAGAAGUUUGCUGUCGUAUACGGUGACCCUGGUAUAACCCAGGUUAACUCUGAAGUCCGCCGCUUGUUUGUUCAGAAGCAUGCUCGGUCUCUAAAGCUUGCUGCAGCGUCACGGAUCCGAUCUUUAAUCUUAUUUGACACACAAGUUGCAUCCUCUUGGAUAUAUGACAUUUCAUCAAAUUUCAGACUGAUCCGUGUCCUGUGUCUAAGGUUUGCUAACAUUCAUCAAGUGCCGGCUGUUGUCCCAGACUUGCUUAAUUUGCACUAUUUGGAUUUAGCUCACACAAAGGUUAAGCAUAUACCAGCAUCGCUCGGUAAACUUACGAACCUACAAGUUUUGGACCUGCGGUUCACCUAUGUGGAGCAGCUGCCAUGGGAAAUAACAAACCUGACUAAAUUGAGGCAUCUGUAUGUAUACAUGCUCCAUGAUUUUCAAGAAAGGAUAUUUGACUGCUUUUCUGCUACAAAUAUCCCUGGCAAUAUUUGCCGUCUAAAGAAUCUGCAAAGCUUACAAUCUGUUUCAGCCAACAAAAACCUACUUACGCAGCUCGGUGAGUUGACACUGAUGAGAAGUUUGGCUAUAAUGAAAAUGCGUCAAAACUACAUUGCAGAGUUAUGGGACUCCUUGGCCAGGAUGCCUAGCCUCAGUAGGUUGGUUAUUUUUGCAAACAGCAAGGAGGUUCUUAAUCUGAUAAAGAUAAAGCCCUUGCAAAAUCUAAAGUUUUUCUGGUUGAGAGGGAGGUUGUAUGAGGGAGUGCUCCCGCAGAUCUUUGCAAGUUUUGAGAAGCUCGCUGCGUUGAAACUUGAUUGUUCUUGUCUGAAGAAAGAUCCUAUUAACUCCUUUGCUCACACGCUGAAUCUAGUGUAUCUGAAUCUUUGCAGAACUUAUGAUGGGGAACAAUUAACAUUUCGUGCAGGAUGGUUUCCCAAGCUCAGUUCUCUUGCAUUAGUUGACAUGGAACGUUUAAAUUCGAUUGAGAUUGAGGAAGGCACAAUGAAGGUUCUACAUACUUUGGAGAUUGUUGGUCUAAAGAGUCUGAAGAUAGUGCCUCGAGGCAUCAAGCACAUUAAGACACUACAGAAGAUGGUUCUAACAGAUAUGCGAAAGGAGUUCAUGGAUAGGCUGCAUGCGGAUGACAGUGACAUUGUUGAGCAUAUACCUGACAUCCAGAGUUUUGACUCCUUCGAUUCUGAAGCUGUUAAGAAGAUGGUUCUUCUGCCACAUCUUGCAAAGAAAGCAAGCUUUAUUGUUUUGAAGAAAACAUAUUUACUGCUCCAUUUCUAA